CACGCUCAUAUUUGGCAACAACAACAUAUAGUUAAUCUAUCUUACCAUUUACCAUGCAAUAGAAAGGGUAUAAAGUACGGUUUUGUUUUCAUCAAAUUUCAAACAUUGUAAUAUAUGUUCAGACUUCAUGCUUACUAAGAAACUGUUUUUUGCCAUAACGUCAUUUUUGCUUAUCGUCGAUUGACGCAGACAUACACUUCGGAUCUGGCUGAAAUCUGAUUAGCUAUCUUCUUUCAAACCAACAACGACUAAGAAAUAUGCAGAGUGGAUCGUUCGAAGUUGGUGAUAUGGUGAAGUUUGAGCGGGGUGCUUACGACCAUUGGGGAGUGUAUAUCGGCGGAGGAGAGAUAGUUCACAUCGGACCCGAGGGAACGGACGAGGAGCUCAACUCUCUCAAACUCGCUUUUCAGGGAGAGACGAAAGCGGCAUUCAAGCGAGAUCCCUUGAAGCGAAUCGCGGGAAACAGUUGCUAUUAUGCACACAACUAUCUGGACCACAAACACACGCCAUAUCCGAAAGAAGAUAUCAAGCAUUUUGCGCUGAGUCAUCUCAAGGGCGUGCUUACUUGGAAUUACAACAUUAUAAUGAAGAACUGCGAGAACUUUGCCAUCUGGUGUCGGUAUCGCGUAGACUACAUGGGUGACCAGGCUAGAAAUGGAGUGAUAGUGGGUGCUGUAGGGGUAGGACUGGCUGCUCUUGGAUUGGCAGCUCUAGCUGGUUACUCUGCUUCUAAGAAAGAAGAAGAGGAGAAAAAGAAGGAGAAAAAGAUUGAAUACAGAUACUGAUGGACAGCAACGGAUUGACUAAAACUGGCUCUGGGUCUAUAAUUGGGAAAAGACUUUGUGUCGUAAGCUUAAGUUAAUUCGGUUAUUAAAUUUAGUUAAGUUGUUCAUUUUGGGAUAAAUAUCUAAAAAUAGCACGAAAUAAACUGCAGUCUCUCCAACUGCAGUUUAGAUUGUACCGUCAAAAAGAAUGAAUUGUUAUUUGGGUUAGUUGUGUAAACAAAGAACGAGAAACAUUG